AUGGACUUUGAAUCAAAAAUAGUUCAAUUGAAAGAUAUUCCAAAAUUACAAGAAAUCACGAAGAUUACUUUCUAUUCAACUUAUAAUGAUAAUUUACUCAGUCCAGAGGCAAGAGAUGCGAUUUAUAAGUAUUUAUACAAUACUGAACAAUUGAAACAACAAAUUAAUUCAAAUUAUCAAUUUGUUUUUCAUUAUGUCAAUUUACAAUUAUUUGGUUAUACAGGAAUUGAAUAUAAUUCUUCAGAAGAUUAUUGUUAUUUGCAUGACUUUUAUUUAUUACCUUCAUUCAGAGGUCAAGGACUUGGUCAUAAAUUAAUGGAUAAAGUAAAAGAUAUGGCAAUAGAACAUCAUUAUAAAAAAAUUCAUUUAAAUUGUCACCAACAAAAUACUGCACGUCAAUUUUAUGAAAAACAAGGAUUUCAUUUUGUUAAGAAUUUAAAUACGAUUUUUAAUGGGUUUGACCUACUUGAUAUGGAAAUGGAAUUUAAUUUUUAA